AGAUUAAUUGUAUAGAGGCGUUCAUACCCCCAUUUGCCUUCCGAUUAGUAGAUAGGGAACACACACACACACAAAAAAGAGAGCGACGAAGCAGAGAUUCGAAACAUCACGCAUCACCAAUGGCGGCGGCUUCUGCUUCUUCAACAUUUCUCUCCUCUCCCACUCUCAAUAACUCAUCAUCUCCUUCCUCUCUCUCAUGGAAGAAGCUCCCUCUCUCCUCCUCCUUCAGCGUUACCGUCUCUCUCCCCCGCCGCCGCAGACGGUGUUCGCCGGUGUUUGUGGUGGUGUCCAUGGACUCCAAACCGACGAUCCUCGUCACCGAGAAGCUCGGUGAAGCAGGUCUCAAUCUCUUGAAAGACGUGGCCAACGUUGAUUGCUCUUACAACCUGAGUCCCGAAGAGCUCUGCACUAAGAUCUCGCUCUGCGAUGCUCUGAUCGUUCGCAGCGCCACCAAAGUCAAUCGCGAUGUGUUCGAGGCGUCGGCUGGGAGGCUCAAGGUCGUCGGACGCGCCGGCGUCGGCAUCGACAACGUGGAUCUGGCGGCGGCGACGGAGCACGGUUGCCUUGUGGUUAAUGCGCCAACGGCUAACACCGUCGCAGCCGCCGAGCACGGGAUCGCGCUUCUUACUGCCAUGGCUCGGAAAAUUGCGCACGCCGAUGCUUCGGUCAAAGCUGGGAAGUGGCAGCGGAACAAAUAUGUGGGUGUAUCCCUUGUUGGCAAAACACUUGCUGUGAUGGGUUUCGGAAAGGUUGGAUCAGAAGUUGCCAGGCGUGCCAAAGGGCUUGGUAUGCAUGUGAUUGCUCAUGAUCCGUAUGCCCCAGCAGACCGUGCCCGUGCUAUAGGUGUGGAGCUUGUGAGCUUUGAUGAAGCCUUAGCAACUGCUGAUUUCAUCUCACUUCAUAUGCCUCUCACUUCUGCUACAUCAAAGAUUCUGAAUGAUGAAACUUUUGCUAAGAUGAAGAAAGGAGUUCGAAUUGUCAAUGUUGCACGUGGGGGAGUAAUUGAUGAAGAAGCUUUAGUGAAGGCAUUGAAUGCUGGCAUUGUUGCUCAGGCUGCACUUGAUGUUUUCACUGUAGAGCCACCAUCAAAUGACAACAAAUUGGUACUACAUGAACAAGUAACUGUAACUCCACAUCUUGGUGCCAGUACUAUGGAAGCUCAGGAAGGAGUUGCAAUUGAGAUUGCUGAAGCUGUUGUUGGAGCCUUGAAUGGGGAGCUUGCUGCUACAGCAGUCAAUGCGCCCAUGGUUCCUGCCGAGGUUCUAAAUGAGAUGAAACCAUUUGUUGUACUUGCUGAGAAGCUUGGCAGACUAGCUGUCCAGUUAGUAGCAGGUGGGAGUGGUGUGAAAUCUGUAAAGGUGACAUACGCUUCUGCUAGAGCUCCCGAUGACCUUGACACAAGACUGCUCCGAGCCAUGAUCACCAAGGGUCUGAUUGAGCCAAUAUCAAGCGUUUUCAUAAACUUGGUAAAUGCAGAUUUCACUGCUAAACAGAGAGGCCUUCGGAUAGCUGAAGAACGUAUAAUGUUAGACGGUUCACUAGAAAGUCCACUAGUGUUUGUCCAGGUUCAGAUUGCAAACGUGGAAUCAAAAUUCGCCAGUGCAAUUUCAGAGUCGGGGGAGAUUAAAGUGGAGGGUUGUGUAAAAGAUGGGAUUCCCCAUUUGACGAAAGUUGGAUCUUUUGAAGUUGAUGUGAGCUUGGAAGGUAGUAUUAUCCUCUGCAGCCAGGUUGAUCAGCCAGGUAUGAUUGGGAUGGUGGGAAGCAUUUUGGGGGAGGAGAAUGUCAACGUGAGCUUUAUGAGCGUUGGAAGGAUUGCUCCACGGAAGCAAGCUGUGAUGGCAAUUGGAGUGGAUGAGCAGCCGUGCAAGGAGGCUUUGAAGAGGAUUGGGGAGGUUCCAGCUAUUGAAGAGUUUGUUUUCCUCAAGUUAUAGUUUGUUUGUUGCACAAUUUUGAUAGUAUUCGUUUGUGUUUUGUGAUAGCAUUAGUUUUUGCUAGGUAACAAGGGUAGACCAGACAGCCAAUGCAUAGCAACUUUUCUUGAGCGUGAUCAUGAGUGUCCUGUUGGGAGCCAGACAGGAGAGGCCUAGACGGGUUUGGCAAUGCAGGGUACUCCUAUGGGUAUCUGCACAUGUUGUGGUAGCUUUAGGGGAGGCAAAAAUAAUUCAGAGCUAUUCAAAUUGUGAGUUUACUGUAUUGAGUGGUGAUUAUUUUCUUAUCCUGGACCGAGAAAUUGAUAGGAAAUUUUUUUUUUGGGAA